AUCAGUUGAUUUUGUUUCGUCUUUGUUGAUUGUGGAUUUUAACUCAAUUUUGAUUGUGUUAAUUUGUUUCUUUCUCUUCUCAUCUUGUAGUUGAGAAAAUUGUUUGUAAUUUGGUGUUCACAUGAGACUCAACGGAUUAGAUUAAAACCCCAUGGAUUUUAUUUCUCAUGGUUGUUUAUCUAUAAUCUCAUUGGUAACCAAUAUGAGUUCAUCUUGUUCAUCGGUUUUUUAUUCUUACCUUAUGUUUACCUUUAUUUUUACAAGUUUACCUUGGUUUCGAAUAUCUAAUUAUAACCUGAUUGUUUCAGCUGAAUUAUAUUCAGAAUCACGGCCAAAAUGUGAAGAGAUUAAUGUUCCCAUGUGUCGAGGGAUUGGUUAUAAUAUGACCUCAAUGCCAAACCAAUUUCACCAUGAGAAGCAAGAUGAAGCGGGAUUAGAGGCUCAUCAAUUUUGGCCACUGGUUGAGAUUAAUUGUUCAGAUGAUUUAAGAUUUUUCCUUUGUUCAAUGUAUACACCAAUUUGUAUGGAAGAUUAUCAUGAAAGGUUACCCGCUUGUCGAUCAGUUUGUGAACGAGCUCAGUCUGGAUGUGCAUCUAUCAUGUCACAAUAUGGUUUCCCUUGGCCCGAGUCAAUGGAUUGUAAUAAUUUCCCUCCUUAUGGAUCACCGAAUCAUCUUUGUAUGGACCAAAAGGAAGGUGCAUCACCUCCAUCACCUCCACCACCACCACCACCACCUCCUCAACUAGUAUCAUCAUCUUCAUCACCACCUCAAACAUUUUUCUCUUCAUCACCUUCUCCUCCACCUUCAUCAUCAAUCUACUCAACAACAUCAACUUCAUCUCCCAAACCUCCAUCAAUUAUCACCUCUGGUUCCAAUGUUUCUCAUAUUAGUACAACUAAAUAUCCUGAUUUAAUUCAUGGUAAAACUCAUGGUCACCCUCGAGCUGGAUGCCACUGCCACUGUCGUCCUCCACUGGUCACUAUUCAUGAACCAAGUGAUCAUUACAGUAGGAUUAUUACUGGUGGAAUUACUAAUUGUGCUCAAGCUUGUCACUUGAAUCCAUUUUAUACCAAACAAGAACAAUCGAAGUCCCUUCUAUUGGUCACUAUAACAGCGUUUGCUUGUUUAAUUUGCUCCCUUUUGGUUGUUUGUACCUAUCUAACCGAUCGAAGUAGAUUCUGUUAUCCUGAGCGGGCAAUCAUUUUCCUCUCUGGGUGUUACGUUAUGGUUUCCAUUGGAUUUCUACUUCGCUAUCAACUUGGUCACUCGUCUAUAGCCUGUGAGGGAAGUCGACUACGAUACUCUGGCAUAGGAAUUCAAUCAUUUAAUUGUACUACAGUUUUUAUAUUCAUCUACUUUUUUGGUAUGGCUGCAUCUCUUUGGUGGGUCAACUUGACCCUUGCCUGGUUUUUAUCUGCAAGCCUUAAAUGGUCAACAGAAGCCAUUGACAAUCAUUCUUGGUAUUUUCAUGCUCUCGCUUGGGGGGUACCGGCAAUAAAAUCUUAUUUAGCCGUUUCAACCUGGGCUGUAGAUGCAGAACCAUUGGCAGGUAUCUGUUUAGUGGGUAAUCUUAAUCCUCACCACCUGAUGCAUUUCAUCAUUGCACCUUUAUGUGCCUACUUAAUUGUAGGGAUUUUCCUCCUACUCUCAGGUCUUAUUUCAUUAAUGCGUAUACGCCGAGCUAUACGUAAACAUGCACGCCAAGUAACCGAUAAAAUUGGCCUGGUUAAAUUGAUGAUAAGGAUAAUAAUCUUUUCUGUUUUAUAUAUUGUACCCACUCUUGUUGUCAUCAUUUGUAACCUUUACCAAUACUCAUAUGGACCCAUUUGGGAGGUCAAUCAUAACUGUCACUGUAGCACCAAUCGUCUGGAAACUCCUUAUGUUACCAUUCAUUUAUUCAAAUAUGUAAUGACCCUUGUGGUUGGUAUUACCACUUGUUUCUGGAUAAUCUCUGGAAAAACGCUCGAAUCAUGGUGGCAUUGUACAGCGGAAAGACUAUGUUGCUGUUGGGGUAUUAAAGCGCCCAAUCCAAGAGGUCAGUUGAUUGGGUCAACGGGAGGAGGAAGUAGCCAAUAUAUUGUAAAUAGUCAACGAAGUUACAAACAAAUCAAUCAUAUUGCUCAUCUAUCGGGAGGAGGUGGAGGACAACCUCAUCGGAAGAUUUCACUCUCUCAUGUUUAAUUAAUGUCUAUCUGGUCUCAUCAUCUUCAUCUUCAUUCUCACUGCCAUCUCAGGAUCUCAUGGUGUAUAAAAAAAAGCAUUGAAACAUUUUCUGUUCCAAUGUGAUUAUAUUACAUUCUGAAAGAAAUCAAAUCUUGAUGCUUCUCCAUUGGAUCGAUUUAUCUUCAUUCGUCUUCAUGAUGUUUCUCAGUUCUAUUACCAUGAAAGAUAUAAUAAUAUAUAGACACACCAAUAUUUUCUGGAAUACUCAGAGACAAGAAUAAUAAUCUCAUGUCAAUCACUUUGGAAUCACAAGAUUUAUAAUAUACCUUUUUGUUUGAAAUAGACUUUGACUGUUCAUCAUCACAAUUAAUUCUGAACAAUCUGAUCAAAUUAUAUUCAUCGCCAUCAUGGAAGAACCUUUCAUCUUAUAUCAAGUUGACAACUAAUUUAAAGAUAAAUUAAGAAUCGUUGCUUUAUUUAGUAGAUGAUUGUUCAUGAUCAUCAUUACAAUUCUGAACACAUGGGACCAGUUUCUUCAUCUUAAUUGUUUACGAUUUAAUUUACGUCGAUUAUCAGUAUCAUCAUCAUUAUUAUACAUUCCAGUUGAAUUUAAUCCGAUUCCUUAAUCCAAGAUCAUCAUUGAUUUUUAAGAAAAGUUUCGUUUCAAAUUAUUUCUGCCCAACAAUUAAUUAGUUUCUGUUGGACGAUUUAUCUUAUUUUACAAAUCUAAUCAUCAUUUAAUCAUCUUCGCCAUCAUAAUCAACUGAUUCAUUGAAGAUUAUUGAUCAUAGUCUCGAAACAAUUAACGAUAGAAGAUCAAAUUUCUACCAAUCUCGAUUAAAUACUGGCCUAUGGACAAUUUGGUCACAUCGAUUAUCAUUUGAUUACUUUAUCUUAGUUUUAAUUCAUUUAUCAUCUUCGUCACUUAUUAACUUAAUUACAAGAGCAAUUUGAAUAAUCAUAUAAAUCCUCUGCAACUAUUGUUGCAUAAUUAUUAUUAUACCAGCCAAUUAAUUGGACAAUCUCAUUCAACAUCAAUGUAAGAGGAGCUUAAGACAAAAUCAAUCAAUCGGAUGAAUGGACAACAAUCAGAGGACCUCUCAAAAAGCCGAAUUACAAUUAAUUAUCAACAAUUUAUAAUUAAUUCAACAUCUUUUGUGCCAUCAAUGUUUUUUUCCCUUUCGACAAUUUGUAAAACUUCAAGUCAAUUCAAUGAUCUGAAUGUUAUUCAACUUUUCACAUCUCAGUAUUAUUAACUAAUUACCUCUCAAUUGUAAUUAACAAUUUACCUUUGCACAACAUAUACAUUCCUAUCAACAAUCAACAAUUAACUUGUUUAUAUGUAGUGAUCAAAGGAUAACAACAAACAAUUUUAUACAGACAAACAGGGUAUCCCGAUAAUGGAUAAUAUUAAUUGUCCAUUUGAUUGUAAUAACUUUUUAAUCAAUAUUUCAAUUGAAAAUCAUAUAAAUUUAACCCUCUAAUUUCCCGCCAAUGGUUAGUUGAUUAAUCUAAAUUAUGGUUAAUCAUCAAUGGAAAACUGUUAAUAUAAAAACAAACCUUUUUAUUGUUUUCAGUGAUAAUCAGGAUAAUGUUAAUCAUUUGUAAUUAUUACUAAUCAAAUCAAUUGGAGAAAAUCGAUCAACAAUUUCACUAACAAUCAAUUGAUUGUAUUAACCAUUUUUAUCAGUCAUCUUUUGUUUACAAUAUUUUUAAUCCAAUUAACUUUCCCAUAUUUAAGUCAAUUACUGUCAUCAAAUCACAAUUAACAAUUAACAUUCAAUCGUCCAAUACCUUUUAAUCACUACAAUGGAAGCCAAAAACAGGGUAUUUUUAGUUAAUUUUCAUUUGAUUAAUUGUUUUAAUUGUGUUUCCCUCAUAACAAUUAUCAUUUUCCCAAUGACCCUUUUAAUUUAGUCUCAUCAAUGUGGUAAAUUGUUUUGUAAAAUUA